ACAGCAUCCCCUGCCUGCCGCUCCUCUCCCUCCCUUCUCGUUCGUUCCCAGCCGCUUCCCAGCCGCUCUGUCCUUCCCCUCUCGCUGCGGCUGGGCUGAGGGGAGGGAGAGAGAGAGGGAGAGAGGGAGGGGAAAGGGCCGCCAUGUUGGAUCCUGAGGCUCCCGUCGCAGCCCAGAGCAGCAGCUGCAGCAGCCAAGCGGAGGGGAAGUGAGGGAAGGAAGAGGAGAGAGAGGGGGAAAAGGAAGGAAGGAAGGAGAGGAAAGCAGCAGCAGCAGGAGGGCGCUUAAGCUCUCUCUCUGUGCCUCACCACGUCGUCCUGUUUUGCCUCACGGGGAGGAAAGAAGGAGGAGGAGGAGAAGAUGCCUUGAGCUCUGAGGAAGCGAGGAAAAGGGGCCUUCAGGGAAAGACGGAGCAUCACUGUUAUUGUCAUCAUCACUUCCUUGCUGAGGAAGCAUCUUCUUGCUGAAGGAGGCAAAGGAGAAAGAGGAGGAGAGGAUGAUGAUGAUGAAGAAGAAGCCAGUGUCGUGACACCCUCAGUCGCCCUCUUUCCCUCCCUCCAUCCAUCCCUCCCUCCCUCCCAACCAGCAGCUUGAGACGCACCAACAUGGAAGGGAUUUGAGAGGAUUAUUAUUAUUAUUAGCCCAGCCUUCUCCUUCGCAGGGCGGAGAGGAGGAGGAGGAGGAGGGGGUGGCGAUUAUUUUUAUUUACCCCCCUCCCCUCCAUUCCUCAAUAGGAAAUGGAAGACUUUGGGACUGUGUAAAUAUCUAUCAAUCUGUCUACAUUGCCUCACUGAAGAGCCUUAAAAGAUUUCUUGGCCAAGGAAAAGGAGAGAGAAGAUUGUGGGUGCCCCCCCCCUCCCACAGGAAAAAGGAAGGGCUCUGCUUCUGGAGACUUUUCCUGCCUCCCCACAAAGCUACUUCUCCCCACCUUCCCAGAAUUGCCACUGAUGCAUUUUCCAAGGGGUGGUAGAGGUGGAGAAGGUGGUGGUGGAGGAGGUGGUGGUGGAGGAGGUGAAGAUGGUGGAGGUGGUGGAAAUUCUCCUGCAUUAGACCUCCCAAACCCUAUGCAUCUUCUUCUUUGCCCUCCCGGCUGCUUAUUGGAAGAUCAUCCUGCUGCCCUUUCCUUGAAUUGCUGAUGGGGAUUUUACACGUAAAUGAUGCAGUAGGAUUCAUUUCUGGAUUACGUUGCAUGAUCUGAAUUUUGAAUGAAGGAGGAGACCAUUAAAAUCUUCUAUAUCUAUAUAUGAGGGGAGAAUAGAGCCAGACUUAGAUUGAUUUUUUAAUUAUUAUUUAAAUGUAUAAAGUAUAUAUUUUCUCUUCUUUUAAAUGUAUUAAAAGAGAUUUUAGGCUAAUUAUUUUUUCUUUAAUAUUCUGUAUAUAUUGUAUAUGUCUGUGGAGGAACUGACCAAGAUAUAGGUCUCAGAAUGGGAAUUCUGGGAUGGAUUGUAGUUUCAGCACCAUCUUCGAAGCAUUGACUUUUCGAAAUAUUUUUAAGGAACUGUAAUUAUUCUAAUGUCUUAGGCUUUUGGAAGAUAACUUAUAAUAGUAUUAAUAAUAAUAAUUAAGAGAGAAAACCUGUUAAAAACUGAAGCAACCAUGUCUGGAGAAGUGCGCUUGAGACAAUUGGAACAGUUUAUUUUGGAUGGACCAACUCAGACAAAUGGGCAAUGCUUUAGUGUGGAAACCUUGCUGGAUAUACUGAUCUGCCUUUAUGAUGAAUGUAAUAACUCACCUUUGAGGAGAGAGAAGAAUAUUAUGGAAUAUCUAGAAUGGGCCAAGCCUUUCACUUCUAAAGUGAAACAGAUGCGACUACAUAAAGAAGACUUCGAAAUCUUGAAAGUAAUUGGCCGAGGAGCCUUUGGGGAGGUUGCAGUGGUGAAAUUGAAAAAUGCAGACAAAGUAUUUGCCAUGAAAAUAUUAAAUAAAUGGGAAAUGCUGAAAAGAGCUGAGACAGCUUGUUUUCGAGAAGAAAGGGAUGUAUUAGUGAAUGGAGACAACCAAUGGAUUACAACAUUGCACUACGCCUUCCAGGAUGAAAACUAUUUAUACCUUGUUAUGGAUUAUUAUGUCGGUGGAGAUCUACUUACUUUACUCAGUAAAUUCGAGGACCGAUUACCUGAAGAAAUGGCUCGUUUUUAUUUAGCUGAAAUGGUGGUCGCAAUUGAUUCUGUACAUCAACUACACUAUGUGCACAGGGACAUCAAACCAGACAACAUCUUGAUGGAUAUGAAUGGACACAUUCGGUUAGCAGAUUUUGGUUCCUGUCUGAAAUUGAUGGAAGAUGGAACAGUUCAGUCAUCAGUGGCAGUUGGAACACCAGACUACAUCUCUCCAGAAAUCUUACAAGCCAUGGAAGAUGGGAAAGGAAAAUAUGGCCCUGAAUGUGACUGGUGGUCCCUAGGUGUUUGCAUGUAUGAAAUGCUUUAUGGAGAAACACCCUUUUAUGCAGAAUCCCUGGUAGAGACCUAUGGAAAGAUAAUGAAUCAUAAAGAGCGGUUUCAGUUUCCUAUCCAAGUAACAGAUGUGUCUGAAAAUGCCAAGGACCUUAUUCGAAGACUCAUCUGCAGCAGAGAGCAUAGACUUGGGCAGAAUGGAAUAGAAGAUUUUAAAGGCCACCCAUUCUUUGCAGGGAUUGACUGGGAUAACAUACGGAACUGUGAAGCACCUUACAUCCCUGAAGUCAGCAGCCCAACAGAUACAUCAAACUUUGAUGUGGAUGAUGAUUGUUUGAAGAAUUCUGAAACAAUGCCUCCCCCAACGCAUACUGCUUUUUCUGGCCAUCACCUGCCAUUUGUCGGAUUUACAUACACAAGCAACUGUGUCCUCUCGGAUCGGAGUACUCUAAGAUUUGCAGCUGGAGAACGUGCUGUGGACCUAGAUGCAAAUGUUCAAAGGACGCUUGAGGAUACUUUAGCCACAGAAGCAUACGAAAGGCGAAUAAGGCGUCUAGAGCAGGAAAAAGUUGAACUUAGCAGGAAACUUCAAGAAUCCACACAAACGAUACAGGCCUUACAUUAUUCAACUGUAGAUGGACCAUUAACAGUAAGCAAAGAUACAGAAAUUAAAAGUUUAAAAGAAGAAAUUGAAAAUCUAAGAAAACAGGUGACAGAUUCUGGACAACUAGAACAACAACUUGAAGAAGCCAGUUCUGCAAGACAAGAAUUAGAAGAUGCUGCAAGGCAAAUCAAAAAUUUUGAGAAGCAAAUCAAAGCACUAAAGCAAGAUAGGGAUGAUCUUAAUAAGGAACUGCUUGAAUCUAGUGAAAGAUUAAAGACUCAGACCAAAGAGCUGAAAGAGGCACAUAGCCAGAGGAAAUUGGCAAUGCAGGAAUUCUCCGAAAUGAAUGAACGACUUACUGACUUGCAUUCACAAAAACAGAAACUUGCCCGUCAAGUCAGAGAUAAGGAAGAAGAAAUGGAAGUUGUGAUUCAAAAAGUAGAAACUUUGAGACAAGAGCUGCGUAGAACAGACAGAUUGAAAAAGGAACUGGAAGUUCAUGCUGAAGCUGCAGUUGCUGAGGCAUCGAAAGACAGGAAAUUGCGUGAGCGAAGUGAACAGUAUUCUAAGCAGCUGGAAAAUGAGUUGGAAGGACUAAAGCAGAAGCAAAUUGGUCGCACUCCAGGGGUAAGCACCACAGAACAUCAGCAAGAAAUCACAAAAUUAAAAGGUGACUUGGAAAAGAAAAAUGUUUUUUAUGAAGAGGAGCUAUCUAAGCGAGAAGUAAUACAUUCUAAUGAAAUAAAAAAUCUGAAGAAAGAGCUGCGUGAUGCAGAGAGCCAACAACUUGCUCUCAAAAAAGAAAUCCUAAUUUUGAAAGACAAGUUAGAAAAGACUAGAAGAGAAAGCCAAAGUGAAAGGGAGGAGUUUGAAACAGAGUUCAAACAGAAAUAUGAACGGGAGAAAAUUUUGCUGACUGAAGAGAACAAAAAACUUUCCAGUGAGCUUGAUAAGCUUACAGCCAUGUAUGAAAGAAUAAGCAUGAGUAACCGUCAACUGGAAGAAGAGAUGAGAGAUCUUGCUGACAAAAGGGAAUCUGUAGCACACUGGGAAGCCCAGAUCACUGAGAUCAUCCAGUGGGUGAGUGAUGAAAAGGAUGCUCGAGGCUACCUUCAAGCCUUAGCCUCUAAAAUGACAGAAGAGCUUGAAGCCCUGAGAAACUCCAGUUUGGGUGCAAGAGGAACAGACAUGCCCUGGAAGAUGCGCCGUUUUGCAAAACUGGAUAUGUCUGCAAGGUUAGAACUACAGUCAGCCCUUGAUGCAGAAAUACGAGCCAAACAAGCCAUCCAAGAGGAGUUGAAUAAAGUUAAAGCUUCUAACAUUUCAACCGAAUGCAAACUCCAGGAAUCGGAUAAGAAGAACUCUGAAUUGCUGUUAGAAAUAGAGAGAUUGAAAAAAGAGACAGAAGAACUCCGCUCAGAGAAGGGUGUAAAGCACCAAGACUCACAGAAUUCUUUCUUGGCAUUUUUGAAUGCACCUGCCUCUGCUCUGGAUCAAUUUGAAGAUUCCUUUUCUUCUUCAUCAUCCUCAUUGAUUGAUUUUAUGGAUGACCGCUCUCCUUCCUGUAUUCCAGUUCACAAAGGCAGACGUAUUGAUUCUGUUGAAAAUUUUACCUUAUCUAAUACACCUUCGCGGGAUGAAGAUAUCAAGUGUCACCUCCAUUCAAGAUCUAGGUCCCCUUCCACAGCUAGUGACAUUGAACCAAUUGAGGUUUCAGAUCACCCUUUGCGACCAGUUCAUACACCAACCAUGAGAUCACCAUAUAUUGGUUCAGGACUCUCUGUGCCAAAGCCUAAGGCCCAUCAGUUUGUAGUGAAAUCCUUUAAUACCCCUACAAAAUGCAAUCAGUGCACAUCUUUGAUGGUUGGCUUAAUCAGACAGGGCUGUAUCUGUGAAGUGUGUGGCUUUUCUUGCCAUGUGACCUGUGCGGACAAGGCACCAGCCGUGUGCCCAAUCCCACCUGACCAGACAAAGGGGCCUCUGGGGAUUGACCCACAGAAAGGCAUAGGGACUGCUUAUGAAGGACAUGUCCGAGUCCCUAAGCCAGCUGGAGUGAAGAAAGGCUGGCAGAGAGCACUAGCCGUUGUCUGUGAUUUCAAGCUUUUUCUUUACGAUAUAGCAGAAGGGAAAGCAUCCCAACCCUCUGUGGUAGUGAGUCAAGUUCUUGAUAUGAGGGAUGAAGAAUUCUCAGUGUGUUCUGUCUUGGCUUCUGAUGUCAUCCAUGCAAAUCGAAAAGAUAUUCCCUGUAUUUUUAGAGUUACAGCCUCCCAACUGUCAGCAUCCAGUAACAAGUGUUCAAUCCUGAUCCUAGCUGACAGUGAGAAUGAAAAGAGCAAAUGGGUAGGAGUCCUAAAUGAAUUGCACAGGAUUUUAAAGAAGAACAAGCUCAAAGAUCGCUCAGUCUAUGCUCCCAAAGAAGCCUAUGAUAGCACUUUGCCUCUCAUUAAAACCACCCAGGCAGCAGCAAUCAUAGAUCAUGAAAGAAUAGCUCUGGGCAAUGAAGAAGGGUUAUUUAUGGUUCAUGUCACCAAAGAUGAGAUAAUCCGUGUUGGUGACAACAAGAAAGUUCAUCAGAUUGAGCUUAUUCCAAAUGAACAGCUUAUCGCAGUGAUCUCAGGACGAAAUCGUCACGUGCGGCUAUUCCCAAUGACAGCCUUGGAUGGACGAGAAACUGAAUUUUAUAAACUAGCAGAGACAAAAGGUUGCCAGACUAUAGUUUCUGGACAAGUACGCCAUGGAGCCCUUACUUGCUUGUGUGUGGCAAUGAAAAGACAGGUCCUUUGCUAUGAACUGAACCACAGCAAAGCACGUCACAAAAAGAUUAAAGAGAUCCAAGUGGCCGGCAAUGUCCAGUGGAUGGCGAUCUUUAGUGAGCGGCUUUGUGUAGGCUACCAAUCAGGAUUCCUAAAGUACCCUUUGCAUGGAGAAGGAAACGCACACAGUUUACUUCAUCCGGAUGAUCACACACUGUCAUUCAUUGCACAACAGCCAACGGAUGCCAUCUGUGCAGUUGAAAUCUCAAAUAAGGAAUAUCUGCUGUGUUUUAGCAGCGUGGGGGUUUAUGUAGACUGCCAAGGUCGAAGGUCAAGGCAACAGGAAUUGAUGUGGCCUGCAACUCCUUCCUCUUCCUGUUAUAAUGCACCAUACCUCUCAGUGUACAGUGAAAAUGCAGUUGAUAUAUUUGAUGUGAAUUCCAUGGAAUGGAUUCAGACUAUCCCCCUAAAGAAGGUACGCCCUUUGAACAUGGAAGGAUCACUAAAUGUCCUAGGUCUGGAAACAGUUAGAUUAAUAUAUUUCAAAAACAAAAUGGCUGAGGGUGAUGAGCUGGUGGUUCCUGAAACAUCAGAUAACAGCCGGAAGCAAAUGGUCCGAAAUAUCAACAAUAAACGGCGUUAUUCCUUUAGAGUGCCUGAGGAGGAAAGGAUGCAGCAGAGGAGGGAAAUGCUACGAGAUCCAGAAAUGAGAAAUAGAUUAAUUUCUAAUCCAACCAACUUUAACCAUAUAGCACACAUGGGCCCAGGAGAUGGUAUACAGAUCCUCAAAGACCUGCCUAUGCCAGCCCCCCUUUCUCCAUCCCCUCAUCAUCACUCCUGUCUCAUCUCUUCUCCAAGCAACUUCGAGCACAUCUAUCACAUGACUGUUAAUUCAGCUGAAAAUUUCCUCUCCCAUGAUUCCGUAAACCCUGCAUAUCCCCCAUCUCUACGCUUUCUCCCUCAUACACCAGCCUUUAUGAAUCUAAGGAACCUUCGUCCUCAGGAAAGUCGGACCAUGUUCAGUGGUUCUGUCAGUAUCCCAUCAAUCACAAAAACCCGCACUGAACCAGGACGUUCCAUGAGUGCUAGCAGUGGAUUAGCAGCAAGAUCAUCUGCACAAAAUGGCAGUGCUUUGCGGAGGGAAUUAUCAGGAGGUAGUUAUGGAGCAAAACGUCAGCCCAUGGCGUCCCCUUCAGAUGGCUCCUUGUCUUCUGGUGGAAUGGACCAAGGAAGUGAUGCGCCAGCGAGGGACUAUGAGAGAGAGGACUCUGACUCUCCAAGGCAUUCGACAGCUUCUAACAGCUCCAACCUGAGCAGCCCUCCCAGCCCCAUAUCUCCUCACAAGACCAAGAGCCUCUCCUUAGAGAGCUCUGACCAUGUGAGUUGGGACACUUGAACUGCUUCAGCAUUCAGACUUGACACCUCAGCAGCCUGUUGUCCCCUGACUUUCCAUUUGCUCUCACUGCUAUCAUCCCGCAACGUUCCUCCUAAAAGUAACUAUGGGAGGGAAGGAAGAGAAUAUGUUUGCCUUCUCUGGCGCACUCAGCAUAAGAUCUCCACUCCUUCCUCAUUCAGUAACAACAGCGAGCAAGAGAAAACCUUGGUGGAGGGCAGUUGGGCAGGCUGUUAUGUGGGAAAUAUUGGUAUAUUUGUAUUAGUAUCUAUUUUAUUUCAUAGGAUAACAGCUGUUUCUAUUAUUAUGGACAUAUUCCAUGUCACACCACCACUCAAAAAUCCACAGUAGUAUAGACUGACUAAAACACAUUAUGUAUUGGGAAAAAACAGGUAGAUUUUGCUUUGACACACAGUAUCAUAUUAUAUUUUUCCAAAAGUAGCGCAGCAACACCGCUCCAUCUCUGGCAGUGGGGCAAGAACUACCCUGUAAAGGGUAGAGACACAUGCUUACAGCCAAUCACUCCGUUUGAAUGUCAGUCUGAUUGUUGCCAGCAAAUCCAUAUUGGUUUUUUAAAAAAAUGAUGCAUAUUUUACUACAGUACAGAGUUUAAGUAAAUACGCAAAAUUAAGAGUUAGUACGUAUGUAUAUAAUAAAAGAAAAAGCAUUGUAAUGCAGCAGAAAAUGGGUUCCUAUUUAAGAGAUCCUUAAUUUAAGAAGACUUGUGUUGUUCCCUUUUUCAUUCUAAGUAAUCUACAGAUUGAGAGUUGAUUUAGAUAUACAAUAUGGCACUGGAUAAAAACGUAGAGCCUGGAGAAAGACUCCUUCCGCACAAUGUGCUCUGUAACAUUUCUUUCCCCAUCGGUAGAACUAAAGCCAUAAUCCUCACUUUUAAAUUAUCUCUGCCUCUUGUCUGAUCUAGUUCAUUCUGCAAGCAACCCCCCCCCUCCCUCUUACCAAUUUCAAGGAUGGUUUAGCUUAGAAAUCCAUACUCAGCCCCAAGCAACAGUGGAGGAAACAUAGCCAAAGUCAAUGUGGAUAGGUUGGAAAAUGUUGGAACUGGGCUUUAAAGACAUUCUGGCCAUUUAGCAACCAGCAAAUCUAGUUCACAUUUGGUGGACUCACUAUAUCAGCCAAAUGUAAUCAACAAUUAUUCUAAAGCAAAAUGUUUUAAAUAUCUUGCUGAUUGCCCUUGCCUAAAAAAAAUUCUGUUGUUAGACUUAUACUUUGCGAGGAUACUUGGUAGUUCAAGACUUCUUAUCUGGAGAUUUUCAUUACUGUCUUCUUCCCAUGUGUGUGUAAUGUUAUUGCUGUUAAAUGAUAACUGGAACCAGCAAAGAAACACUUGGCAGGAUAAAACCUUGAUCUCUGGAUAGCAGACAUUAAAGAUCAUCAGUAAUUAAAUAAGCA